CUUCUUUCUUAACUCUGUCCCAAAAAAAUUUAAAAAAAUAAUAAUAUCAAGAAUAGCAGUACAAUGGCUUCUUCUUCUGCUACUUGUGGUACUCUUCUGUUCUUCGCUAGUACCAUCUUCUUAUCCACUCUCAUAUCUGAACCGGCUUCCGCGGCCUUAGUCCAACAGCAACCCCUGGUCCUCAAAUACCAUAACGGUAUUCUUCUCAAAGGUAAAAUCACCGUCAACCUCAUCUGGUACGGCAAGUUUACGCCCGCCCAGCGCUCCAUUAUUGUCGAUUUUCUUCAAUCCCUUAACUCCCCCAGGGCGGCUUCUCCCUCCGCCGCCUCCUGGUGGAUGACGACCGAGAAGUACAAGGGCGGUGGCGCCUCCACGCUGGUGGUGGGGAAGCAGAUUCUCGAGGAGAACUACUCUCUCGGAAAAAUGCUCAAGAACUCGAAUCUCGUUUAUUUGGCUGCCAGAGGGGGCCACAUGGCUGGUUCCAUUAACGUUGUUUUGACGUCGGAGGACGUUUACGUGGACGGGUUCUGCAGCAGGUGCGGGACGCACGGCUCAACUCGGGGCCCGGCUCGCUUUGCAUAUGCCUGGGUUGGUAACUCGGAGACUCAGUGCCCGGGGCAGUGCGCCUGGCCUUUCCACCAGCCGCUGUACGGUCCCCAGACUCCUCCGCUGGUGGCGCCCAACGGAGACGUGGGAGUGGACGGCAUGGUAAUAAACUUGGCCACGGUUUUGGCGGGAGCCGUUACGAAUCCGUACAACAGCGGGUAUUUCCAGGGCCCAGCAACGGCGCCGUUAGAGGCCGUGUCGGCGUGUACCGGGAUGUUCGGGUCGGGGUCUUACCCGGGCUACCCGGGUAACUUGCUGGUGGAUAAGGCCAGCGGGGCGAGUUACAAUGCGAACGGGGUGAACGGGCGCAAGUUCUUGCUGCCGGCUAUAUGGGACCCCCAGAGCUCUGCCUGCUCGACACUGGUUUGAUUGUGAUUGUGAUGAUUGAAGAACCCAACCCGACCCAAGCCAACCCGGAAAAAAAAAAAGAGUUGAUGAUGGAUGGAUGGGUAAAAAAUGGAAAUUAUGUUAUGAGGUGUGGCAGCUGUACUUUUGAUGUAGAUACACGGUCGCAGAAUGGUUUUUGAAAUUUGGAAUGAGGCCAGCUUUGGGUGCUGCUGUGCUGGCUGGGGAAGUGGUUUUGUUGUUUUGUGUGACGUGUAUAUUCAUUACUAUUACUAGUAGUAGCAUGAAAAAGAAAAAUGUGAAAAUUGCAAUAUAGAGGAGUAAAGUGAUACCACUACCAGUAGUAAUUAUUAUCAGUACUAUCAUCAUAUCAUAAGAAAAUAAGAAUGGAAAGUUGAUUAUUAA